AUGAAAACUAUAAAUGAAAGUGGAGGUGUCGAAGAAGAUACUGUCUAUGAUGAGGUACCACAGGAAAAGGGUGAGUCAAACGCAACCAUCACUAUUAAAAAUUCCAGUAGUUGUGUUGAUGGAGGAAAUAAAGACAAAGCCAGUUCCUCUGCUGGCUUCAAGUGCAUUGAUGAAAAGGGUAGUAGUAUCCUAGAUGUUGACAAUUUCCUAAAGCAUAGGAUUUUAUUUAAUCCAUGGCAACCUGAAAAAAGUUAUAAUUUUAAGACUGACAUAGACAGCACAAAAAGAACAUUUCAACCAGCCUGGCUGUCAUUUUAUCCAUGGCUGGUCUAUUCUAAAGCAGUUAAAGGUGCCCUCUACAAGUUUUGUGUGCUUUUCCGCCCACUCAUAAUGCAUGGUAGUCAUCAUGGUGCAUUCAUAAGCCACCCAUUCACAAAUUUCAAAAAGUUCCAUGAAUGUCCAAAAAUGCAUAUGAAUUCCGAGUGGCAUAAAGAUGCAAUAGAAAAGUCAAAUAAUUUCAUAAGUCCAGGUGACGUAACACUGUGGAAACAUUUUGAGGGUGCACCUAAAAAUGCUACCUAUGCUUCUCAUAGAACCCAAAAUGAUUUAAUUGAUGUAUGCACUGAAGCACUAAGAAAUGAUUUGAUUAAUACCAUCAAUAACAGCGAAUCAUUUUCAAUUUUGGCAGACAAAACAAUGGAUAUUGCAGGCACAGGACAACUUUCUCUUUCUGCACGUUAUUUUGACCAUGCAACUUAUGUUGUCAGAGAAGACUUCCUUGGAUUUACACCAUUAGCAAGGUUAGAUUUAAAACAUAUCUCCAACACAAUAAUACCUACUUUAUCUGCUUGGGGUUUUAAUCUAGAUAAAAUGGUAGGACAAGGCAAUGACGGGUGCAGUAGGAUGGCCAGUAAAAUUAGCGGAGUACAGCAGAUAAUUGCUGAGAAAUAUCCCAAGGCUCACUUCUAUCGUUGUGCUAGCCAUAGACUUAACUUAGUUGUGAAUUAUUUGAACACCUUACCAGAGGUUAGAAAUGCCAUUGGUACUAUCAAAGAAAGAAUUUCUUUUUUCUGGUGGAGCAGACAAAGGAAAGUCCUAGUUGGGAACCUUCAAAAACUGUGUGAGACACAAUGGUCUGAGAAGCAUAAGUCUAUAAGGAAAUUUAAUGAUAAGUUUUUAGGAAUUGUUGAAGCAUUAACAAUUUUACAUAAAGAAGGAGAUCAUGAAACUAGGCAGAAAGGCUGGCAACUUUACUGCACUCUUACUUCUCCAACAUUUAUUGUUACAUUAAAAGUCAUAGCAAAAUAUUCAGCCAAACUAGAACCUGUCACCAAUAUCCUACAAUCAGUAAACACUAACUUGUUAGAAGUUUCAGAACACAUUCAAGGAAUUGUAAAAAUGUUAUUCGAUGACAGAGAAAAUGUGGAAGACAAAUUUGAAAUGAUAAUGAAAAGUGAUGAAACCAAUUAUAGUGCAUUUGGAAUAGAUGUCACUGUCCAGUACUUGCAAGAACAGUUUUCACAAGAUAACAAGGCAUAUUGUGAGAUUUUCUGCUUGCACCCAAAGGUAAUGAAAUCCCAAAGUGACCUAGAUAUGAAAAGGAUAAAUGAAAAUAUCAUCAGAUUUUAUGGCAAUCUUUAA